CGUUGUCACUUCCGCGCAUCUUAAACUACGUUUUAAGGUUAUGCUGGUUGUCAAAUUUUCGGCAUUUGAGAAACACGUGUGUUUUGUGUUGGAUUUAAAUAUCACUGGAAUUAUUUAUUUGAAACGAUGUCGGACCAAGAAAUGGACGUAGUUGAUGACAACGAGUCGGAAAACGAAGAAGCAAUGCAGGAGGAAAAUGAAGGGAACACAGAAAAGCCAUCUGAAGUGUACCUUCCCACCAAACCACUAGAAGAGGGUGAAGAAUUGGUGUGUGACCAGUCCGCCUAUGUUAUGUUACAUCAGGCACAAACAGGUGCCCCGUGUCUUAGUUUCGACAUCAUAAAAGACAGUCUGGGGGAAAGUAGAGACACUUACCCGCUAACUGCAUACAUUGUGGCUGGUACUCAAGCCCCACAAACUCACGUUAACAAUGUGAUAGUAAUGAAAUUAUCAAACCUUCACAAAACAAAUAAAGGCGAAGAUGACGAUGAUGAUGACGAUGAGGAGUCAGACGAUGACGAGGUAUCAAAAAAUCCCAAAAUGGCAGGGGCCCUUAUUAAACAUCAAGGUUGUGUUAACCGAAUAAGAAGCACGGUCAUAAAUAACAAAAUAAUCGCAGCCUCUUGGAGUGAGCUUGGAAGAGUGAAUUUAUGGGAUCUCUCCCAGCAGUUAGAGGCGGUCGAUAACGACCAGUUGUUAUCACGAUAUAAUAAGGAAAAUAAAGCUAAUUCGGUCAAACCGUUGUUCACGUUUACGGGCCACCAGCAGGAAGGUUUUGCAAUGGAUUGGUGCUCCACAAAUGUCGGAGUUUUGGCAACAGGGGACUGCAAAAGAGAUAUCCACAUUUGGAAGCCAGCAAGUGGGGCCUCCUGGCAAGUCGACCAGCGGCCUCUAGUUGGACACACUAAUUCCGUUGAGGACUUGCAAUGGUCACCGAAUGAGAGAAGUGUUAUUGCUUCAUGCUCAGUUGAUAAAAGUAUCAGAAUUUGGGACACAAGGGCACAGCCGAGCAAGGCGUGCAUGCUGACAGCUGAAAAUGCACACGAGAGUGAUGUUAAUGUUAUAAGUUGGAAUAAAAACGAACCCUUUAUUGUCAGUGGUGGAGACGAUGGAUUUUUACACAUUUGGGAUUUGCGGAGGUUUCAACAAAAAACACCAGUCGCCACAUUUAAGCAUCACACAGAGCCAGUGACUACCGUUGAAUGGCAUCCAACUGAUUCAGCUGUGUUUAUCUCAGGGGGAAGUGAUAAUCAAGUGGCAUUAUGGGAUUUGUCUGUGGAAAAGGAUGAUGAGAGUGGUAGUGAAGAAGUUGAUGGAAUUCCGCCCCAACUUUUGUUCAUCCAUCAAGGACAAAAUAAUAUAAAGGAAUUGCACUGGCAUCCACAACUGCCAGGAGUGAUAAUCAGUACGGCGGAGAGUGGUUUUAAUAUAUUCAGAACUAUCAGCGUUUAAAAUAUUUUAAUAAAUUGAAACAAAUGAUGCAUUCGUGGGCCAUGUGGACAAUUUAAUGAAAAUAAUCAAGUCUAAAAUGAUUUGUGAAAUCAUCUACGUUUCUUCUUGUAUCAAGUCUAAAUUAAUUAAAUGACGCAUUGUUGGUCGUCCGUGUGGACAAUUCUAAUUAAGGAAAUAAUUAGUUCCUUUUUAAUAAAAACCAGAAACUCA